UCAAGCUUCUAAACAGAAAGCUGGUUUUUCUCUUAAUUAUGGCAGAGCUGUUAUAUGUUGUUUUUAGAAGUUAAUAUAUUUAAACAUUGCUGCUUUGUCCUGUGUUCUAUAGGUAUGUGGCUCAGGCAAAAGAAGAGGCCAGAAAGGGAAAUCUGGAAGAGUCGCUUCAAUUCUUCAAACUUGCAAAUGAAAUUGAUCCCAGUGAAAAGCUGAGGAACAGAAUCAAAAGGCUUGAGGAAACACUUGCAGAGCUGGCACUUGCCACAGAGGAGGAGGAUGGGUUUGUGGAUGUGUGUAACAGUGGUCUUACCAUCUAUGGAGAGAUGCACAACAAACUUUUUGAACAUCAGAGAGAAGGCGUGGCCUUCUUAUACAGCCUCUACCGCGAUGGAAGGCAGGGGGGCAUACUGGCAGAUGACAUGGGUUUGGGAAAGACUAUCCAGAUCAUUGCAUUCCUUUCUGGGAUGUUUGAUGCUGAACUCGUACAGUUUGUACUGCUGGUCAUGCCAACCACCCUUGUUAGCAACUGGAGGAGAGAGUUUGCCAAGUGGACUCCAGGACUGAGGGUGAAAGACUUCCAUGGCACCAGCAAGACUGAGCGGAACAGAAACCUAGAGAGAGUCCAAAGAAAGACUGGUGUAGUGAUCACAACGUAUCAAAUGGUGAUCUAUAACUGGCAGCAACUUUCUAGCUUUAAUGAACAAGAAUUUGUCUGGGACUACAUUAUUCUUGAUGAAGCCCAUAAAAUUAAGUCUUCCUCUACAAAAACUACUAAAUCUAUGUAUGCUAUUCCUGCAAAAAACCGCAUCCUCCUCACAGGGACACCAGUCCAAAAUAACCUACGUGAGAUGUGGUCCUUGUUUGACUUUGCCUGUCAAGGGUCCCUCCUAGGAACAGUGAAGACAUUUAAAAUGGAAUACGAGAAUCCCAUUACAAGGGCAAGGGAAAAAGAUGCGACUCCAGGAGAAAAAGCUCUUGGACUUAAGAUCUCUGAAAAUCUAAUGACUAUUAUAAAGCCAUAUUUUCUCCGAAGAACUAAAGACGACAUACAAAAGUACAAGUCUGACAAAGUCGAAACCAGUCUUCCAGAGGAUCAGAGUAAGAACAUUGCUCCUGUAAUGCCUUCUUUUACCAGGAAAAAUGACUUCAUUGUGUGGGUGUAUUUAACACCAAUUCAAGAAGAAAUAUACAGAAACUUUCUCUCUUUAGAUCAUGUGAAGGAGUUGUUGAUGACAACUCGGUCACCUUUGGCUGAGCUAAAUGUCUUAAAGAAAUUAUGUGAUCAUCCCAGGUUAUUGUCAGCCCGAGCGUGUAGCCAGCUUGGCUUGGAAGGAGGUGUUUACACUGAGGAUAAGGAGAAUGAAGGAGAUGCAUUUUCAGGUGCUAACAAAAUUGAUCAUCUCUCAGAUAAGCUUCUGAUUGAGGAGUCUGGGAAAUUGCUGUUCCUUAUGGGACUUCUAGAAAGGCUGCAAGAGGAGGGGCAUAAAACUUUGAUAUUUUCUCAGUCAAGAAAAAUGUUGGAUAUCUUAGAGCGCAUUUUAACUCACAGACAUUUUAGGACCAUGCGUAUUGAUGGAACAGUGACACACUUGGUGGAACGAGAGAGGAGGAUUGCUGUCUUUCAGGGUAAGAAAGAUUACUCUGUCUUCUUGCUUACUACGCAAGUCGGAGGUGUUGGCAUAAACUUAACAGCAGCUAGCAGAGUGGUGAUCUUUGAUCCCAGUUGGAAUCCAGCUACUGAUGCCCAGGCUGUAGACAGAGCUUAUAGGAUUGGACAAAAAGAAAACGUAGUGAUUUAUAGGCUGAUCACCUGUGGUACCGUGGAAGAGAAAAUAUAUAGGCGACAAGUCUUUAAAGACUCAUUAAUAAGACAAACUACUGGUGACAAAAAAAACCCAUUUAGGUAUUUCACUAAGCAAGAAUUAAGAGAACUCUUUACACUGGAAGAUACUCAAACCUCUGCAACCCAGAUUCAGUUACAGUCCUUGCAUGCCACCCAAAGAAAGACUGACUUGGAGUUGGAGGAACAUAUUGCUUACCUGCACUCGCUGGAAAUGUUUGGCAUUUCAGAUCAUGACUUAAUGUAUACACGAGAAAUAGCUCAAGAACAGGCUGAGAAUGAAGAAGCUCAUCAGUAUAUUCAACAAAGGGUACAGAAGGCUCAAGAGCUGGUCCAGUUAGAAUCUCAGCUCAAAGACCAACUGAUGGGGAGAAUCAAAAAUAAUACUGAGGGAGCAUGGCUGACACAACCCAAAUCCUCUUCCCAACCAAAAAAGGAAUGGCCAGGCUUUAACACAAAUUACAUUUCACCACCUGUAUUAGCUGAACCUGCAAAUGAAGAAGUUGCUCAUCUUAUAGAGGAUGAAGAUGUUGCUGAUGUCAGUGCAGGAAUGACAAGUUUGGUGAUCGUGGAUUCAGGCGAGAAUCCGGAACAGGAUAUGUCUAAUAUGGAUAUUGAUGAAUCACUUAGCAGUAAGGCAUUGAAACAAUCCAAUAUACAUGAACCUGAACAAAAACUUGAUCCAAAUGUUAUACCAUCUUCCUUUGGUAUUCGCUCUCGUGCUAACAAAGAGACUCAUAGUCCUGAACCAAGCCGACACUCCCAAAGCAUAAGUGAUGUCCAUGUUACCUCUUCACUGCAUUCACAGCCUUAUGAUGAGAAUGAAAACCCUGAACUUGCCUUCCCAGUGAUAUCCAAAAGUCUUUUCAAUGUAACAUCAGAAUUCCCUAGCAGACACCAGAAGUCUCAUGUAAGCGAAGCCAGUUUGGAUAGUACCUCUGUUACAUCUUUUCAAUAUCAGGCUGACUUCAAUCUUGUUUUGGAAGAAUCAGAAGAUGGACAGCAAGAUGUCUCAAAAAUGGAAAAGAUACUGGAGUACUCAGAGAAUGCAGGCUUUCAGCUCAAAGCAGGAAACCAUAGCAGUUCUGCAAUGAAUUCUUGGGUAAGAGAACAUGAUGAUGAUUUUGGGAGUCCCUGUAAUGUAGCCAUGAAUGAUCUAAAUGACUCUGCACCAGUGCGUGAAGCCUUGAUGGAAAGCAGCAGCAUCAUAGCUGUUGGCAAAAGGAAGCAUGCUAGAAGAAUGGUUUUGGAUAGUGAAGAGGAAGAUAAUUCAGUCAUAAUUUUGGAUGAAAAUCUGCCUGAAAAAAUGUCCUCUCCCUUAAACAGCCCUCUAUGUCCAUCUCUAACAGGAAUUAGUUCAUCUACUCCGAAAUGUGAUAGAUCUCUAAUUGGAUCCACGUUUUCCCCCAGGGGAAACAGAUCUACAGCUUCUAGAAAAUCCCUUAUUAAUGUAGUGAUGGACCAGGUUGAGGACUUUGAAGAAACCAUGGGAGCUCUCUCCCAAACAGAGAAUAGUGAUGAGGUGCAAGAAGAUCUUGUGGUAGAAGAAGCUGAAGAGCAUAGUGUGGAAUCUGUGGUGCCCGAGGAAGAACCUGUCGGAGAAACACUUGAUACAGAAGGUACAGCCAGUUACUUGGAUGAUACAGAGUCUGUCACAUCUGAGGCAGAUGAAACUGACAAAGAGGAAUCUACUGGUGACCCCGAGCUUCUGUCUGGGGAGCAAAUGGACUGCUUUUCAAAGGAGAGCACAGGCCAGAAAGAUUGUCAGACUACUGUGGAUUCUCUUCGUGCACCAGAUAAUUAUGAUGCCCUGAUAGAAUGUGGGAAGAAACUGAAAGACAAUGGAAAAUUACAAGAUGCAUUGAACUGUUUCCUGCAGGCUCUUGACAUAAAAAAUGGAGAUCCUGAAGUUAUGCUUAUAACCUUAAAUUUAUAUAAACAACUGUCACAGAGGUGAGGAUUUUGGUUACAAGAACAGUCACAAACCUGAUUUCACUGGGGAGUGUGGGGGGAGAAGGACCCAACACCAAAACAAUCUACAAAAUUUCAUUAGAUAUGAACAAGAUUUGGGUUUAACUGAGCAAAAGCAGUUUAAUUAGCACUUGAGUGCUGGAGAGAAGGGUCUUUGAAUGCAGUUCAAAGGCGUACAUUCACUGAUUUGUAUGUUCAGAAAUGCUUAAAGUAAACAAACCUUUCUAUA